AAGAAAUCCAAUUCCGUAUUGGCGUGCAGUAUCACAACUACACGAUGAUCAAGUACAGAAGAUCGAUAUGCUUAAAUUCGCGGUUCUUGUAACAGCGAACACGUAAUUUUUUUCAGGCUAAUUAAUAUCAACCUAUACGCUCACCCCUUCACAGGUGAGCCAACUCCUAUCCUAUCCUAUCCUAUCCUAUCAACGAAAGACAAUCUUCACAAUCUCGUAUUUAUUCUAUCUCAACACACGACCACCAUCCAGCUAAUAAUGAGGAUGACAAGAAGAUCCUCUUCUGUCUUCAGAGGCGUUCUCUUCGCACUGCUGGGAACCUUCCAGAGCACAUAUGACACCGCAGGGCUAUUUGGUGACCUGACUGAUGCUCAGCUCCGCGAAGAUCCUGGGUGGGAAAGGAGUACUACCAGACUGCGAAAAAGUGCUGGAAUAUCAAUUUCGAAGAAAGCUGCAGCGUCAAGGCUGAGCACAAGCGGACCCCUAAUAUUCGCAGAAGCAAGACCACAUCAAAGAAGCCAACCCAACGAUCCUUUGCGCAUGUUUCGAUGUGAUGCGUGUCAAAUAGGGCUUACUCGAUUGAAAGACGACGUCCAAUUUCUGAUACAGAAGGAAAGAGCGUGGACAAAAAAAGAUCUCUUCAAGCGCAUCGACAUGCUAUGCCAGGACCCAGCUAUGAACGAACAAUACGGGAGAGCACAGUAUAAUCUAGGAAUUCGUUCUUACUGCUCGUGUAGGUUAGUAUGUUGUAAGUUACUUAGUAGUUACAAGUACUACUGGUGCUCGACGUUGACUUUAUUCAGGUCACCCAAUCAUCCUCGGAGUUGAGCCAGGUGCCGGCGGGCUCGAUGUGCAGGCUUCACAACCUAACCCAACCUUUACUGGGUUGCUAAGUUGUAAGCAAAAGCAACCUCCACAUUUGGCUCUUUUCUUCUCGUUCAAAAUCAAUUUUUUUCCUUUUCGUUGAGUUAUUGUUAUUGAAAAUGAUUGACUUGGCUCUAAUGAUAUAUUUUUUUGUUUAAAGAAAUAGAAAGAUCUUGGUCUUCUUCGGUUCAAAACAUUAUUCAAAAUGAUAAUUCUAGAUUUUCAUUUCACAGUAAAACUACUUCCAGGUGUGCAGAUUUUUUAAAGGAUCGACGCAUGGACAUCGCACGAAAGAUACGCGAUAUCCAGAAUCCGGAUAGUGAUUACUUCGAGGAAUCCUUGCCAUCACCGAAAGAAACCUGUGUGGAAUGGAACGAGUGCAUCCCAGGUCAAAAAACAUUGAAUUACGAUGUUGAGAACAUUGUGAAUUAUCUAUAUAGAGACUCCGUCUGUUGAAUGGGCGCGAAUCUAAUUUCAUAGAAGUAAUUUAUGGAUUGAUAAAAAGUACUUAUAAUAUAGAUUUCGGUUCGAAACGCUAGGCUUGUGAUCAAGACGAGGUUUCUGCGAAAUUGUUGUGCUCAGUCAGUACUUAGAUGAUUCUAAGUGGACGAGGAUAUCAACUAGUACAGAGACCUUCUAGUAUUUGGACGAAAAUGAUAAUCUUGUUCUUGACUACACUAUGGAAUAUUACCUGGCAAGCUCUAAUCCACCGAAGUGCUGAACGAAAUGCCGGAGGCUCAGCCAGGGGAACAAAGUCGAUAACGCUGGUCCACACGCAAAUGCGCCUCCCCGUGCUUACCCCACUACACAUUCCCAGUUUUUUCGCGCAUAUUCAAAAUGAAAAGUGAUCAUCUUGUGCUCAGAGUUUUGUGAAGGCUUUGUUGCCUCAGCAUGAUAUGCAGGCUUACAAUGAGAAAUAACGCAAGUAUUAAUUGCAAUGUCAGGCAGUCAGACUGGUUCGUGAUGAUUAAUCCGUUUCACAGUUAACAAAUGAGGAAGAU